AUGUCAGCAUCUCACGGUCUUAGUCGAUCGGGAAGACCGAGUGUUCUCAAUGGAGUCCGUAUUUCCAUUGAUUUGAAUUCCACAAAGUACCGUGACAAUUCUCCAGUUCAUCGGUUACCGACGGAGGCUCUGACGUUCAAAUUGGAUAAGGAGAGUUUAAGAGAAGCCCUGAGGCAGCAACUUCGAAGGGCUAUCCGGGAUCUGGAAGAGAACCAUGUCAUCCAACUCGAUCUUUCAAUGCAGCUGAGCUCGGCCAUCGAAAAAAAUAUCCGCGAACAGUAAGCUUGUUACCGCGCCCGUCAUUAAUGUUAUCUUGUAGGGCUCUUCGUCAAGAAGCAGAACAAGUGUUCUACAAGCAACUCUCCCAGAUGCCUCAAAUGCACCCGAAGGACUUUCUGAUCGGUCCUUUUCAUCCCUCCCCAGGACAAGGACCGUCAUUGCCUCAAGCAUCAGCCAAAGAUCAGAUUAGUUUGGCAGAAGCCGAAGCCAAGUUUCUCCGUUUGACCAGUGAGGUCCAACGAAGUGCAAAGGAAGGGAUUAAUGCCAGCAAAGAUAUGAGAAAGGUCUCCAAGAAACGUAACCAAAGCGAUGUCUCAAGAGAAAGCAGAUCUUCCACGACCAGAAACAAGAUUUUGGUUCCCCAAAGAGAUGCGUUGGCCGAAGCGAAGACACCCAAGAAGGCUGAUGAAAGGGAAAAUCGUUCCAAGAAAACUGCGUAUGCCUGGAAGUUUAAAACGAGGACUCCGCCAUCUUCCGAUAGCCAGUAUGAGAGGUUUGGGGAGACCAGGUCGGAGCGGGCUCGACGAAAACGACGCAUCAAGGAAAAGAGAGCACUGAGAAAUGAACAGUAAGCGCACGAUUACUGUAACACAAUAAAUGGUUACUUCAGGAGUCGACCCGACCCUUCUGAUAACACAUUAUCGGACAUUGAGUCGAUCACCGACUUCCCACCACCUCCCAAACCCUCCGAAUCCAAGUCCAGCAAGAAGGAUCGUGUUAUCUACGCCACUUUGGACGAACUGAUGCCAAUCAAGACCGCCAAAGCCUCGUCUCCGAAGUCCGAACAGAUGAAGGGAAGCGGCCGAGCAAGCUCAGUGUAAAUUGUCGUAUUUCCCUGUCUUAGAGUGUUGUGUUUUUUACAGUGGAAAGCGCUACUUCACUAAGGAAUACCAAGAAUUGCAGGAGUUAGCUGAGAAUGUGGAGUUUAGUGCCACCUCUCCGACUUCGUCUCUUCCCAAGUCCGACAAAUCUCGCUCCAAAAAGUCGACUAACAGCUAA